AUGGCAGCUCACCAACUCGCCAUUGCCAAGGCCUCCUUCUCCGCCGCGCUCUUGCGCCCGGAUCCAUCUACAGUUCCGCGAGAUGACAUCGUGGCGUUCCACGCCUUACUCGACAAGGCUCUGUCGCACUGCUCGCAAACCAACGUCCAGACUUGCAAGGAAUGGCUUCUCCAUUAUGUCGUGUCCUCGUCAAACAGAGCAAAUGUACUGGGCAAGUAUUUGGCCGCUCUGUCGGAAUCUUUCAAGCCGCCAUCACAGCAGGAGGAGCAACCCGGUGGCCGAGGGCCGCCUGGGAAACGAUCCAGGCUCCACAUCUUAUACUUACUGAACGACAUCUUCCACCAUACAAAGUACCAUACAAAUAACGGCCCUGGUGCCUUUGUCGCCUUCAGCGGCGCUCUGCAACCCCAUGUUCUGGAGUUGUUGGGAUUCGCGGCAUCAUACGAUCGCAAUAAGAACCCGAAGCACCACAGAAGACUCGAUCAGCUUCUGGAUAUAUGGUCCAACCACGGAUACUACAGUGCCGAUUAUAUUGACAAGCUACGAGAGGCGGUCAAGAAUUCGGAAUCUAUCGACGCGAUCAAGGCCUCGGUAGGUCUCUUGGAUGGUGUUGUCGAUGUCCAGUCUAAGGGUCCACGGCGAGAUGCACCCUACAUGAUGCCCGCUACUCACGGGGAUCCCUCAUUACCCUAUUAUGAUCUUCCGGCUGGAAAUUUCGUACCUCACAUUAUUCCGGAUUCUACCGCUCCCAUCAGACCAGACAUGGUCAAGCCAUUGCAAUUUAUGGCUGGCCCAGCAGAUAAAAAACUUGUUGAUGCGCUGCAAACAUUUUUCAACGAUGUCGACAGGAUAUAUGGGGUGUCUGGUUUUGAGUCCAGCGAGAAUACUGUUAUUGAUGUAGACGAGUUGGGACAGCCUGUUCUGAGGAAUGAGAGAGGAGACAUUAUGGCCGGAGACACCUAUUACGGAUGGUCACGAGACUUCUGUGUGCAAAUGAAAAAGCGAAAAGCAAAGGGUUCUUCCCGGAGUCGCAGCCGUAACCGCAGAAGCCGUUACUCAGAUAGCAAUUCUAGCGACUAUGAUCGAAUAUCGCGUUCGCGUUCACGAUCUAACUCCCGGGAUCGUCGGCGAUACUCUAGAUCGCAAUCCAGAAGUCGGGCUAAUAGCCACGGCCAACCUAGCCGAAGAUCUAGGUCUCGGUCAGAAUCAUAUUCUCCAAAGCCGGCUACUCCUCCCUCAUCUUUCCCAAACCCGCACCAAGGCUAUCAACAGCAACCACCCCAGCCUCCUUAUUCUUUCAAUCAUGGUUCCGGGUUUCCACCGCCGUACAACGGAAACAUCCCACCUCCACCACCACACAAUUUUACCGAUCAUCGGCCACAGCAAGGCUUCCCACCUCCACCACCUCCUAUACCCUCCUUCCCUCAAAGUGCACCGUUGAUGCCACCGGACACGUCUUCCUUUCCACAACCAUACCAAAACAGAAACCAGCCUGGUCAGUAUGGUGGCCCGCAACAGAUGCCCCCUGGCUCGUUUCCCCCGCCAUGGCAAGGUGGUCACCAAGGGGGAUACAAUCAAGGCAACGGGAGAUGGUGA